AUGGCUGAUUCUGAGGAAAUGAUGGUUGAUGAAGGAUUGGUUAAUGCUGAAGGAAAAAUUCCGUUGGAUCAAGAUCCUACUGAAUUUCUGAAAAGGAAGCCCAAAAAAAGCAUUUUGAAAAUGAAGCAAGAUGUUUCCCAAGAUGGCAAAGAACCUCGGGCCAGAUUCGAUGAAAUGAACAUCUUAGCUACAUAUCAUCCAGCUGAUAAAGACUAUGGAACAAUGAAGAUUGACGAACCUAAAACUCCGUAUCAUUAUUCAGAUGGUGAAAGUGGUGACGAAACUUCUUUGUCAUCAAAUCGCCCAAGACGUGUUUCUUUAGGCACUGCGGUGGAUCCUGAACAGAUUUUACAAGGUCUCUCUCAUGCCUCUGCUGCCAAGCAUAUCUCAUCUGAUGACUCUGAAGAGGACGAAGAACACAUGACUGAAGAGCAGAAAGCACAUAAAAAGGAGUUCGAAAAGAAAAGAAAAGCACAUUACAACGAAGGAGCAGCCUUGAAGCAUCAUGCUUCGGUACAGGACGACGAUGAAAUGGAGUAA